AGUAGGCUUAAUGCAAGUGGCCCAUUUCCGUAACCAUCUAUCUCAGUAAUCCGUUCACCGCCACCCCAUCCGAAAGCUAAAUGUGACGUUUCAAUAAUAAGUACUCGCAACCUUCUCGAAAGUGCUGCGUACGGGAGGAAGCAGGGAGAUUAUAUGAGCCGGAGCCUGCAAAUGGACACGUGGCAGAGGCUGGCGCAAACCACCCCGGCACUAAAGUGUGGGAUUGGCUCCGGGCAUUAUUUUUACAGAUCGCUGCCCACGAGACGAUGUCUUGCGAGAAAAGCAAGCGGGGGGCUCUCCAAGUAACAAUAAACGCAACCGUCGUGAAAGGUUAAUCGCGAGUGAUGUUUCCAGCCGGAGUUCGCCUCCCGCCCGGGUUUUUCCGCUUGCCGAGCCCCGCGCGCAAUAAACGAUUUUUUUACCCCGGCCAAAAGGGGGUCGCGCCUUUCGGCGACCUCCGCCUUGCGCAAGACCUAAAGUUGGAAGGACACGUCCUCCGGGCAGCCGAGAAGGGAAAGGCAGCCAGUUAGUUCCCAACCCUCGGCCGGCUCCCCUUCCCCGGGGUGACCAGACCCCAGGUGGGUUUCUGCUGCGGGAUCUGCGCGCUGCGCAGCCGGCUGCUGCUGCGUUCUCCGCGGAUACCUCCCUGCGCGCCGAAUAGGAGAAGCUGCCGUCUCGACCCGAGGGAGAUCGGCGUCUAUCAAUUAGCCGCAGAGCGGGGGGAGAAGGCAGAUCCGGCAUAGGCGCCUCCGAUCCGGAUUCACCCACCACUACUCCGGCUGCAGGCGGGCGCAUGGAGAGCCCCGGCGCGGAGAGCAGCGCCUAGCCCCGGCUGGAAGGCGACGCCAGGCCCGGCGCUAGAGCCGACCCUGCUCCAGCCGCUCCCGGUUUCUUUUCCUCCUCCUCCUCCUCCCCUCCACCUGGCCGGGGGAUCAUGAGCGGCUGGGCCAGGCUCGCCGGGCUGCUGCUGGCCGUCGCCGGAUCCCGCGAGCUGCAGCCUCCUCCCCGCGCGCAAAGGCGAGGCGCCGGGGCCGCCGGCGCCGAAGAGGCAGCCCAGUUCGACGUCGUCUACUCCGGCCAGGUCAACCGAGCCGCCGAGCGCCUUUACGCCUUCAACUACACCAGCAAGCCGGGCCAGGUGGAUGCAGUCCGGGUUAAUGUGCAGAGUAACUCUGAAGAUCUUCAGUAUCCAGUCUUGUUUGUAGUUCGGCAGCAGAAAGGAGUGCUAUCCUGGCAGGUCCCACUUAUUUUUCGAGGCCUUUACCAAAGAAGUUAUAACUACCAAGAGGUGAGCCGUACCCUCUGCCCUUCACAGCCCACACCUGACAGUGAACCUUCUGAGCAGAUCAUAUUUGUAGAUGUGGCUUCCAUGGCCCCCUAUAAUGCCCUAUACAGAUUGCAGGUCACCAAGAUUAAGAGCUUCCAACUUAUGUUGAACACUCCUUUUAGCUUCAGUGCCAGCCCUUCCCAACCGCAGUAUUUUCUGUACAAGUUCCCUCCAGAUGUGGAUUCUGUCAUAGUCAGAGUGACUUCCGAGACCGUCUACCCAUGCUCCGUUGUCUCCAUCCAGGAUAUUGUGUGUCCAGUUUAUGAUUUGGACCAUAAUGUGGAAUUUAAUGGCGUUUACCAAUCCAUGACAAAACAGGCAGCCAUCACUGUGCAGAAAAAGGACUUCCCAAGCAUGCAGUUCUUUGUUGUAUUUGUCAUAAAGCCUGAGGACUAUGCCUGCGGGGGAUCGAUACCUUCCUCCAUUCGAGGAAAGGCUAACUACACCUGGAACCUGCAGCGGAUGAAGAGUCUUGAAGUGACAGUUGUGCCCUCCAUUAAAGGUUCUGUUUAUGUGAACGCCAUCCUUUUCAGCUUUCUGAGUUUCUUCUCAUUCUAUCUGGGCGCACUGGUGGUUGCAUUUGUGCAUUACGUCAGGAACCAUAGGAAGCCUUCAAUUGCCGGACACAGUCCUGAUGAUGGGUCUGGGACUGUGGCCUCCUCUCAUCCGAUCACUGCCAGCACUCCGGAGGGAAGCAGCUAUGGAGCUAUUGAUGAGUCGAGCUCCAGUGGCGGCCAGCAGCUGUCUCUGGAGCGCAGGCCUCGUCGUGGCUCUGACACAGACAGCUCAGUGGAAGAGGAAAGCGACUUUGACACCAUGCCUGAAAUUGAAAGCGACAAGAACGUCAUUCGCACAAAGAGACUGCUAUAUCUGUCAGAUUUAUCCAGGAAGGAUCGGAGAAUUGUCAGCAAAAAAUAUAACAUUUAUUUCUGGAACAUCAUCACAAUAGCAGUCUUCUAUGCCCUGCCUGUGAUCCAGCUGGUGAUCACGUACCAGACGGUGGUGAAUGUGACUGGAAACCAGGACAUCUGCUAUUAUAAUUUCCUGUGCGCUCAUCCACUGGGCGUCCUGAGUGCUUUUAACAACAUCCUCAGCAAUGUGGGACACUUGCUUCUGGGCUUCCUCUUCCUCCUGAUUGUGUUGCGCAGAGACAUCCUCCACAGACGCUCCCUGGAAGCCAAAGACGCCUACACAACGGAAUAUGGGAUUCCCAAGCACUUUGGCCUCUUCUAUGCCAUGGGCAUAGCUUUGAUGAUGGAAGGUGUCCUCAGCGCUUGCUAUCACGUCUGCCCCAACUACUCUAACUUCCAGUUUGACACCUCCUUCAUGUACAUGAUCGCAGGGCUGUGCAUGCUGAAGCUGUACCAGACCCGCCACCCUGACAUCAACGCCAGUGCCUACUCUGCCUACGCAUCCUUCGCAGUGGUCAUUUGCCUUGCUGUGCUCGGAGUGGUUUUUGGAAAAAAUGCUUUGUGGUUUUGGAUCCUCUUCUCAGUCAUCCAUGUUGUGGCCUCACUUGGACUCAGCACCCAGAUCUACUACAUGGGCCGUUUCAAGAUAGAUGUCUCUGAUCCAGACUUUGGGAUUUUCCAGCGUGCGGUUAUGGUCCUCUACACAGAUUGCAUCCAGCAGUGCAGCUGGCCAAUGUACACGGACAGAAUGGUCCUGCUUGUCGUUGGGAACCUUGUAAACUGGUCCUUUGCCAUUUUUGGACUGGUAUAUCGGCCGAAAGACUUCGCCUCCUACAUGCUGGGCAUCUUCAUUUGCAAUCUUCUGCUGUAUCUUGCUUUCUACGUCAUCAUGAAGCUCCGCAGCUCAGAGAGGCUUCUGCUCAUCCCUCUAUUCUGCAUCGUGGCCACAGCCGUGGUUUGGGCCGCAGCCCUUUAUUUCUUCUUCCAAAACCUUAGCAGCUGGGAGGAAACUCCCGCAGAGUCCCGAGAGAUAAACCGCCCGUGCAUCCUUCUGGGAUUCUUUGACGAUCAUGAUGUCUGGCACUUCCUCUCAGCGGCCGCACUCUUCUUCUCCUUCUUGGUCCUGUUGACUCUGGAUGACGACUUGGAUUCUGUGCGGAGAGACAAGAUACCCGUUUUCUGAACCGCAGGAAGUUUUGGCGGUGCUUGCUCAAACCCAUUGUGUUGCCAGCCCAGGACAGUUGACGGAAAACAAACUUGUUGGUGUACACAAUGCGCACCAAGUGUGCACUGGGAAGAAACGUGUUCAACCGGCAAAUAAGGAAGACCUGAACAGAGGACAAGAAUCUUUUUGCAACUGGAAGGCUCAGGCUUGUAUGCCAGAUUGUUGGUAGAAAGUAGAGAGAUGAGAAUAAUUAUCUGGGGGUUGCAGAUCUUUUUCAGCCAUCUGAUGAAGAAUAAAAUUUACUCCCCAAUGUGAA